UGAGUAGUUUUUUUUAAAAGAGUCGACAGUUGAUGAAGCACCGUUUGUCGUUCCUGUCUUCUCUUUCCAGCUGCUGAGUGGUCAGGAGGACGGUGCCAACUCCACCUUCUCCCCCAUGAUGUACACGUUAGUAGGGGGAGGCACGCUCUGUGGCCUGGCCUCCCUUGUGCUUCUCAUUGUUUCUACGGCAACCGACUUCUGGAUGCAGUACCGGUACUCUGGUAGCUCGGCCAAUCAGGGGCUUUGGAGGUUCUGCAUCAACCACAAAUGUCAUGCUCACACCAUAACUGUAGCCUUCUGGGAUGCGACCCGGGCCUUCAUGUUGCUGGCAGUGUUGAGUUGCUUUGCCGGUGUGGUGCUUGGCCUGAGCGCCUUCACCAAUGGUACCAAGAACAGGAGGGUCCGUACGGGCGGCAUUGCCCUGGUCCUCUCAGGUUUUCUUGCUCUAUUGGCUCUGGCCAUUUACACUGGUGUGACGGUCACUUUCUUUGGCAAACGCUUUGUGGACUGGUGCUUUUCCUGGUCCUACAUCAUAGGCUGGGUGGCCAUCAUUUUGGCUUUUGCUGCAGGUGUGUUCCAGCUGUGUGCUUACCAGAGGACCACUGCAGAACCUCCUCCUGCAAAUACAGCAGACACCUAAAGAAAAACGCACCCAUCCAAAACUAUGAUUGUUGAUAUUGCUGCUUUGGAGAUCCUAGAACAAAAUAAUAAAUAGAAAUGACACAC